AUGGAUGAUAAAAAAGAAAGUAAUUCAGAAAGUGUAUUAGCAAGUGGAGAAGAAACUUCUAGCAAAGAACAAAUAAAUAGAACAGCAAAAAGAAAUGUUGCUAAAAAACGAAGACGUCCGAGAACAAAAGCUUUGAGGUGUCAAUUAAAGGAUUUGCUUGAAAAAACACUUUUGGGGAAAGAACAGCGUUUGCCUGAUGAUUUAUUUUCUACCUUAAAUGAUGGGAUUUUGGCCGCCCCAAUCUCUUCAAUUUUCAGUCAACUUCAAUUAAUUUUCCCCAAAUUGGCAAUUUCUAAAUUUGAACAAUUAUCUCCGUUAGCUUUAAAAAGUGUUUCAAAAAUAACUAGAAUAUUUCGAAUUACUGAUAAAUUACCAACAAAAAGUGAACAAAAAGAAGAAGAAUCUUUUAAUGAACUUUGGUUACUAAUUAAUCCAAAACAACGUUCUCAACACGAAGAAAGGACUGUUUAUGUUGACAAUUUACCUUUAAAUUGUACUCAUUCUUUACUUGAACGUCGAUGUAAACAAUUUGGUUCAGUUGUAAAUAUUCUUUUACCUCAAACUAAACGAAUUCAAAGACGAAUCUUUCAAUCUUCAAAUGUCAAUUCUAUUCAACAUUCUGGCUUUGCUUUUGUUCAGUUUGCUUCAAGAACUGCUGCCAAAAGAUUUUGCAAGCGUUAUCAAUUAAAUAGUCGUUUAAAACGGACUCAUCAUUCUCAUGGACAUAGACACAAAAAAGCAAAACUUUUUUUAAAUAAACAAAAUUUGUGUAAUUCAGAAAUUGGAGAUGAAUUGAUGGAUUGUUCAGAUGAAAAAAUUGGAGAAAAUAAAAAAGAAGAGAUUCAACCAGUUCCAACCCAAACAGACGAAAGAUCAACAAAUCCAACUUCUUUUAUUGUCCCACAAAUUCCUUCUCUAACAGAAAUUUCACGGACCCGAAUGAGAAGUCAAUCUGUGGCAGAGUCAAUAAUGUCUGUAGACGAAAGUGGAAAAGAAACAGAUUUGGAAGAAAAACAAAACGAAAAUAUUUUACAAAAAGGAAUUAAAAAACAUCGUCGACGUAGAAAGCCUAGAAAGUCAGCAACAACAAAUAACAAGACGAGUAAUCAUAUUUUUAGUUUAACUAGUCUUUUUCGACAUAUUCAGGUUUUUCCCUAUAAGCAAUAUAAAGAAUUAAGAACAAAUUAUUUAAAAUUAAAAAAAGAAAAAAUGACUGCAAUAAAAACAAAAAUUAAAGAAAAUAAACAAAAAGAAACAAUUUCAAAAGAAAAUAAUGACGAAAAUGAAGAAAAUAUUAAAAUAAAUAAUAAUGUUAAAAAGAGAAUUAAAAAGACAAAAAAGAGGAAGAGAGGGAUUAGAAGGUUGAUGGACGCUGCUGAACUUGUAAAAUUUGAAACAAUUAAAUAA